AUGGCUUCAGCAGCAUACUCAACCAUCAAGCUCUUUGCCGGCUCAUCCCAUCCGGAAUUAGCUCACCUCAUUGCCAAAAGACUUAGACUCCCAUUAGCCCGAGCUAAUAUCACUCAACCUCCCUCUGGAGAGACUAGGGUGACUAUCACGGAAAGUGUGAGGGAUUAUGAUGUAUAUAUCUUGAAUACUGGCGCAGGAGAAGUUAAUACUCAUUUGAUGGAAUUGUGUAUCAUGAUUCAUGCUUGUAAAAUCGCAUCAGCGAAAAGAAUCACCGCUAUCAUACCUCAUUUCAUGUAUGCCCGACAAGAUAAGAAGGAUAAAUCGAGAGCUCCCAUCACUGCUAAGUUGGUCGCGAACAUGUUGAGAGAAGCUGGAUGUGAUCAUGUUAUUACAAUGGAUUUGCACGCUUCUCAGAUCCAAGGGUUCUUUGAUGUUCCUCUCUACGCUGAACCCUCUAUGAUCCAAUAUAUGCGAGAUCACAUCGACGUGAAGAACUGUGUGAUUGUCUCGCCCGAUGCUGGUGGUGCUAAGCGAGCCACGUCAAUUGCCGAUCGACUCAAUAUAGAUUUCGCCCUAUUCCAUAAAGAACGUAAGAAGGCAAACGAGGUAUCCCGAAUGGUACUGGUAGGAAGCGUCACAGGUAAAAUAGCCGUCUUGGUCGAUGAUAUGGCCGAUACUUGCGGUACCCUGGGUUUAGCAGCUAGGAAUCUGAUCGAAGCUGGUGCAACGAAAGUAUAUGCGUUUGCAACUCACGGUAUAUUGAGUGGACCAGCUAUCAAAGUGAUAAAUGAAUCGGGAAUGGAAAAGUUGGUUAUAACCAAUACGAUUCCUCAAUCUGAAAAUUGUGAGAAGACAAAUAAGAUUGAUGUGAUUGACGUUUCGCACGUCUUGGCGGAAACUAUUAGAAGAUCGCAUUUCGGUGAAUCUGUCUCAUACUUGUUCCACGAAGUGCCUUAUACGAGUGGUAUCGCAUAA